AUGCCAGCUGCAGCAGUUUCUUUUUCAACACCUCACUUGCCUACCAGCUCAUCUCCACAAACUUCCUCUUCGUCAGAUUUAAAACGAAAAUGGGAAUUGGUGGCUGAGCCUGGUUCUCAUCCAAGCAAAAAAUUAGCAGCCCCAAAAGUAAUUGAUACCUCGGUCAUGUCCUCUACCUCCUUAUCUACUCUCAGUACUGCUGAUAGCAAUAACAACACAACUACCACCACAAAAAUUACAAAUAGCAAUAACAAAAAUGCCAGUGAUGCAUCGCUAUCCGCUUUUCAUAGGUCGAUGUUUCAAUCUUAUGUCAAGAAUGCACUUGAUGAUCUUGAAAAGCAAAAUACCGAUUCUAUAAACGCUCUCGCUUCUAGAAUCCGCCUGAACAAGUUAUCAUCAGAAGCAUUUACUGAUGAGCAGCUGUAUUACGUCAUUUCCUCACUGACAAACGAAAUUAGUCGACUUGACUCACCCAGUAGCAACGAGCUUAUUUCUGCAGCUCUCAGUAUUAAGUGGAUAUCUAUGGGUCCUACCUUUAUUCAAUCUUAUGUGCGCUUUCUUACCGUUCUGGUAUCUGGUGUACCAAGGUGGUGGUCUAAUGUCGUUGAACUUAUGGUUAAUGGCUUUAUUGGUAACCAUGACACUUCUUAUCACCACCUUGUUAUCCGUCAUGCACUGAAGCUGAUGCCCACUGCUGUGUCCUCCUUUCAGACUAUUCUGUGCAAGGGAUUCCCGCACAAAAAUGAGAGUAAAGCGCCAACUCUGCAGUAUUUGCGUAAUCUUUUAAAAGUCAUAGAGUACUGUCCUGAACUGCGAGGUUCUAUAUGGUCUCUUAUUUUUGAAAGGACCAUUCAGCUUGACGUUGAGCUGCAAGAUAUUUCAUUAGAUUCGGACGAUGAGAAUGAGGACGAAGAUGACGAUGAAGACUCAGACAAUGAGGACGAUGAGAUGAUGACUCCCCCACCUACUGAGCAAGAACCUCCAAAUCUGCGCGUUAAGAGCCAUGAUGGUGAUGACGACGAUGCAGUUCUUGACAUUUCAAAAAUAGUUCAAGUAAAUACUCAAGCUGCUUCUGAGGUCGGCAGUGCUGAAGACAGUGUUGAAAGACCCACUAGUAAACAGGAACAAGGGGGAAGUAACGCCGAUGAUGAUGAUGAAGAUGAUGAAGAAGAAGGUCAGAUUCAUGGCGCUGCUUCUUUACUUGAUGAUGACGAUGAUUACGAGUACGAUGUGGAAGGUGGCGUUGACGUACUUACGGUUAGAAAUAAGUUGGAUUCCAUGAUCACUUUACUAUUUGAAUAUAUCGAUCAAAAGAUCACCCCUCAAUCCGUGGAAGAAGAAAACGGUGAAGCCCAAGUUUUAUUUACCACUCUUCUUGCACAUUUUAAGUCUUUUAUUCUUAGCACACAUAGAACACGCAGUGUUCAGUUUCUUCUUUUUCGCUCAGCUCACGUUCACCCAGCCCUUUUGGAUGCAUUUUUAGUGUCCCUUAUUGAGAUUGCGCUUUCUCCAUCUGAAAAUAUGGAUAAGCGCCUUAAAGCAAUGCAAUACAUUUCUUCUUUUAUUGCAAGAGCAAAAGGUCUUAGUCGAACCCAAAUUCUGUUUGUGGUUUCUAUUCUUUCAGGCUGGCUACAACGCUAUGUCGAGGAACGUGAGGUGGAAAUCGAACAAAAUUCUACUAGCAUGGGCAAGUUCAAAAUGUUUUAUGCUGUGACUCAAGCUCUUAUGUAUAUUUUUUGCUUUCGCCAUACUAUUCUUCGCGUCGACGGCGCUAAAUCACGUUCAUCAAACAAAACUGGUUCAGUGGAAUCUAUCAUUUCAAACAAAUCCUCUUCAAACUCUGAAUGGGAGUAUGAUCUCGACAAUGUGUUUCAGCGUGUUGUUAUUUCUAAGUUUAACCCUCUCCGGUACUGCCGUGAUACCGUUGUUUCCAAGUUUGCUCAAAUUGCGCUGCGAGAGAACCUUGUUUACUGCUUUACAAUUAUGGAGCAAAACCGCUUAGGACCGAAACAGCAACACCAAGUCAAUGGCGUUUCUGGCACCUCUCUUUCAACUGCAUCCUCCUCUGCCUCUCUUUCUUCUCUUGGUAACGGAUUGACCACUUCUUUAGCAAAGUAUAUGUUCCAUUCUUCGAGGAACCAAGACUUUGUCAUGCUUGAUGCAUACUUCCCUUUUGACCCUCUGCAUCUUCCUCACGCUCGCACCAUGAUUGAGGAUAUUUACGUUGAAUGGGUAGAUGAAGAAGAAGAUAGUGAAAGCGAUGAUGAAAAUUCAGACUCUGAUGACGAGUAA